GGUUAAGACGACAAACCAGUUUUUCUUUUUUUGGAGGGGGCCGACCGCGGAAAAGUAUAAAGGGGACGGCGCGCGAGGUGACCGGCCAGUCUUGAAAGUGAAGUAGUCUGGUUAGCAAGGAAACCUCCCUCCCCGAAACCGAACCCCCCUCUCCCCCCUUCCUUUUUACGACAAGAAGACCGACCGCGCGGGUUCUGGCCGGACAGAGCCGCCCCUCCCGCUACUGCCGCCCGCCCCGCCCACCCCGCCUCAACUGACGACGUUGGAACUUGCACGCUAAGACCGGCGUCAUGUUGUGCCGGAAGCUUCUGUUCCUGGCGCUCAUAGGCCUUACUGUUGGUGCACCAGAUAAGCCUCUAAGAAACAAUGGAGGCGACUCAUCUGAAGAAAAUAUUUUCUUCGUUUCUAGAAACUCUCGUGCACGCUCCCAUGGCGGCCGCCCUGGGUUUUCUGUAAGAAAUGGUGGCAGACUCCCAGUAUUUACAAGACAUGCUAAACCACGAAUUAGGAUCUCAGUCAAGCCUCCAGCUGGGAUAAUUGACACAAGUGCUGUUAGGUCCUCAGCAGCAUUUGGUGGUAGUGGCGUUAGGUCCUCAGGAGCAGUUGGUGGUAGUGGCGUUAAGUCUUCUGCAGGAGGAAUUGGAGGUAGUGCUGUAAAAUCAGCAGCUGGCGCUGGCUUCCAAGGAUACUUUUAUCCAGUCCCAGAGAAUCCCCUCCUACUAGAUGGGUCUGCGGCAAAGCCAGCUUCAACAUCAACAUCUCUACCAAACCAAGUGCCUUCACAAUCCUAUGGCACUCCAGCCGUAUCACAAUCUGCUUCUAGCAAUGGAAAGAAUGAUGUUGAUUUAUCCAGUGCAGUCCCAUUGAGUGCUGAUGAGGCUUCGUCGGGAUCUCUAGGGAAAGCUAUUGCCCAGAUACUGUCCAAGCUGACAGGUGGCACGGUCCAAUCAAUCAGUGGCAGUUCUGGGUAUGAGCCUCCAUCUGGCCCAGUUGGAAAUGUUAACUUCUUCACAGCCUCUGGCCCAAAGCAAGUGAAUACUGGCUCCAGUCCUUCCAAAAGACCAGUCAUCUUACAACCAAGAGUUGAAACUCAUGCUUUCAUUGCUGUAUCACCUUCUGCAACAAAACGACCCAGUACAAAAUAUACUGCACCAACUGCAGGACAUGCUGUUGCAUCACAGCCAAUUGCCCCAGCACCAGCUCCUAGUACAGGCUAUGGAACACCAUCGGCAGGUCAUGCUGUUGCUUCACAGCCUACUGCUCCAGUGUUUUUACCACAACAGCCCAGCGCAGAAUAUGGUGCACCAGUAGGUGGUCAUGCUGUUGCUUCACAGCCUGCUACACCUGCACCUGCCCCACAGCAACCCAGCAGUGGCCAAGCUUUUGCAUCACAACCUGUUGCCCCUGCACCUGCUCCUAGCACAGAAUAUGGUACACCAGUUGGUGGUCAAGCUGUUGCUCCAGCUCCACAACCUGUUGCCCAACCACCUGUCAGUGGGCAAGCUGUUGCCUCACAGCCUUUUGCUCCAGCUCCACAUCCAUCUACAUUGUAUGGUGUCCCUGUAGCACCACACUCAACACCUGUCCGCUCUGACAUUCUAGCAGGUGGUUCUGCAGUUGCUAGUCCUUCCCAAGCAGGCCUGCCUAGUCCAACUCAUAGCCCUUCUCUUCCUGCCCCAACUACCUUUGCUGCUGCCCAUGGUGCUCAAAGUGGUCCUCCUCCAACCCCAGCUGUCCAAACACCCACUCAAUCUGGCCCGCCUUUCAUCCCUACAGCUCCUUCUUUCACUACUCCUCCCCCUACAUUCUUUACAUCUGCCCAAACAUUUGCCCCUGCUUCACAAACAUUCACUACACCAGCUCCAUCUGCCAUAACGUUUACAACCCCUGCCCCAACAUUCACCUCUGCUCCCCCAGCAGUCUCUCCUGCUGAUACAACUCCUGCUUUUGAAUUCCACACUCAGCGAUUUGAAUUUGGAUCCCCAGUACCUACAGAUGCAGGAGUAACAGGAGUAUCACAUGGUGCUUCUGGCUUCCAAGGUGUUUCUACACCAAGCCCCUUGCCAUCUAUCACUGUCCGAGGUGAGACAGGACUUGGUAGCGCUCAAUCACAGACACCUGCUUUUGAUAAUACGCAGAGUGCUGUUGGAUUUAGUACUCCUCAAACUCCAGUUGUCUUUAGUGCUCCAUCAGCUACAACUGGCAUUGGCGCUCCUCAACCUGCUGCUGGUUUUGCUGCUCCUCAACCUUCUGCUGGUUUUGCUGCUCCUCAACCUGCUGCUGGCUUUACUGCUCAACCUUCUGCUGGUUUUGCUGCUCCUCAACCUGCUGCUGGCUUUACUGCUCAACCUUCUGCUGGUUUUGCUGCUCCUCAGGUUGCAAUUGAUUCAGGUGCAUCUCAAACCACAGCUGGUUUUGGUGUUCCUCAGGCAGCAGCUGGUUUUGGUGUCCCUCAGGCAGCAGCUGGUUUUGGUGUCCCUCAGGCAGCAGCUGGUUUUGGUGCCCCUCAAGGCAGCAGAUUUUGGUGCCCCUCAAGCAGCAGCUGGUUUUGGUGCUCCUCAGAUUGUUGCUAACUUUGGGGCCACUUCAGGUGCCUUAGGUACACCUCAAGUUGUUGCUAACUUUGGUGCUCCUAGAGAUGAUUUAGGACAAGUGCCAACCAGUUUCGGCAACCUAGGAGUUGCGAAUUUCGGAAAUACU